UUGUUUUUAGAUGUAAUUAACCACAGUAGCCAAUUCUUUUUUUUAAUACACUUAGAAUCAUGUCUGAAUUACAUUUUUUUUCUAGACAAAAUAAUGUACUAUUAAGAACGUGAUUAUAUAUUUUGUGUAUGGGGCUGACUUUAUGAAAAUAGCGUUUUAAUUGUUCAAAGAAUAGACUUCCUUGAAAAAAUUUAUUCUCAUAAUGCAACUUUUUCAGUGGUGAGUGAUUUUUUUUUUUUUCAAAGAGUGAUACAUUUUUGUGGCGAAAUGCUUCUGGAGAUUUAAAAAAAAUCGUUAGAAAAAGGUCGCAUUUCUGUAGUAUAAAACAAUAUUUUUCCAGAGGAAACAUUACAUUUUGUAUAUGUUGUGAAAAAAUAUUAAUUUUGUGUUGGAUAAACAAUUUAUACGUAUGAAUAAUACACACGUGAUUUUAACAAAUGUUUCCCCAAGCGAUGCUAAAAUAUAUAGUAGUUAAUUUAAAAAACUAUUUAUUAUAAUACAGUAUAUGGAAUACUAUCAGUCAGAUUUGGAGAGAUAGCUAGCUAGAAAGACAACUAGAAAGUCGACUUUCUCGUGCUAUUAUUCACUGAGAAACUGUACACACUUUUGAAAGGUAGUGCAUAUGCCCAAAAAUUCAUAAUGAUGGAUUAAAAUAAGAAUAAAAAUGUAGUAUUGCGUAUCUUGUAAAAGUAAUUGAAUUUAGGUGAACAAUUGAAUUAAGGCGCUGAAAACGCAUUUUCGAUUUUGUAAUCAAUCUUUAAUUUCUUAAUUAAUUUUACGUUAUAAUCAGACAACACCUAUAAAACAAUUUUCCUUUGUUGAUUUUAGGUUAGUACAUAAUUAUUAUGCAAUCAGGGAGCCGCUGACCGAAGUCAAGUGUGUGUUUUUCGGCCCAAUGCGCCCGCCGUCGUCGUCGUCUGAACUCUGACCCGCGCCUGACGCUCCAAACACGAUGAGAUGACGACCCAGCCGCCACAUUUCACAUAAAAUCUCUCAAUCGUUUAAAUAAUCAACUUUAAAUGACAUAAACGCGCCAACCUUUGUCAUUCUAGCCGAACUGACUCAACAUUCGACCGAAUGUUGCGUUCAGCUUCUCCCGUGCUCUACUUCCUGCUUGUGGUCGGCGCUCACGUGACGUUCGCCGCCGAUCGCAUACCGAGGCGGCGGCUGAAGCUGGCAGAAAAUGAGGCGAGUCGGUGGGCUUCGGAGUCUCGCGACAACUCGGUGGAGUCGAGACAGUCCGGAGGUCUGGAGCCUGGAGACCCGGCGGCUGAGUUCACGGUGCCGACUCUCGACGGGGAGUUCGUGUAUCUUCCGGGAGCAGCGGCUUGGGCGGGGGUGUCGCUUCUCAUUCACGCGUUUACCAACAAGUCGGCUUUCCUGGAGUGUCUGUGGAGCUCCUCGGCGUCUUUGGGCAGCCUCGUCGAGGAGCUGCCGGCCAGCGCUCAGGUGCUCUUUCUCUCCCUGGACGACUCCGCCGCCGCGGACGCGCUCUGGAUGCGGGAAAGGCUCCACGUCGCCGCAAAAGAGCACGGUCGAGAAGAGGUCCUGUCCAGGCUCCACGUGUCGCCGGUCCCGGUGUUCGCCAUCGGCAACUGGAUCGCCAGCGUCUUGUACUCCUGGGCCUGCACGGGGCACAACUGCGGCCUGGCCCAGGCUGUCUUUACUUCGCAGGGAUGGGACGUUCCGGUGAUUGUCAAGCGCCUGGACGCCAGAUACGAUUGGCUGACGGGGCGCUGGGCUAUGACCCGUUACCGGCUGAGGGACGCUGGGGACGGCUGCGAGCCGUCGCCGUCCGUGGGCGGUGCUGUGGCCUGGCUGGCGGAGGGCAACUGCAGCUUCUUCACGAAGGUCCAAAACAUGGCGAAGUCCAACGCCUCCGGCGUGCUGGUUUACGCCCACCCGGGAAACGCCAUCCAGGACAUGAACUGCGUUGACGCCGAGUGCUUCACGCCGCUCAGCCUGCCCGCGGCCAUGGUGCACCUCCAGCCGCCCGUCGCCCAGGCGCUCAGGUCGGGUGUGGCGGUGAACGUGUCUUUCCAGACCACGCCCUCCCCCAACUUCUUCACCGCCAUCGACCAGCGGGGGGCGCUGGCCGAGACGGGCUGGUUCCUCUACCCCUCGUUCAGCUUCGUCAACUGGCAAGCGCAGUGGUUUGACUUCUCGGCAGCCUUGCAAGUGAAACUGGACUCUCCCGCCACCGUGGUUCCGGUCUUUGACAAAGUGCAAAUGCAAGGCGACAAAGGGGCUGUGGCUGACGUCGACAUGCCGCCAGACUUGUCCACGUUCGACACGCUGACGUUGGACGCGCGGUUGUCGUGUCCUGGCGGCAGAGACGCGUCGUGCCCCCAGUGGGAUCACACCGUUCGCCUUUUCGUGUGCUGCGAUCGCCUCGGACCUUACUGCCGCGUCGAGCUGGGACGCUGGAUCACCACUUUCCGGAGAGGGAUUGGUCGUUGGCAGACGGACGUGUCUCCUCUCCUUCCCGUGCUGGACGCCGGCGUUUGCCGCUUCACCAUGAAGACGGCACCGUGGGCCAUGCCCUGGAUUGUUUCCCUCAACCUGAGGUUCAGCGUGGCCAACCUCACAGGAGAGAAGCUCCGCCCCUUCCGAGUGAUGUCACUGUACGACGGCGGGACCUUCGACAAGACGUACAACCGGCGCUACCUGCCAAUCAAGUUCCCCGUGCCCGCCUCUGCUAGAAAGGUGGAGCUCUACGCCGUCAUCACGGGACACGGCAGCGACGACAACGGAUGCGCAGAGUUCUGCGUAACCUCGCAUCACUUCCUGGUCAACGCCGUUCACAACAACACGCGAUCCUUCGACUCUGCGGGCUCAGCGCUGGGCUGCGCCGAGGGCGUGACGUCGGGUGCCGUGCCCAACGAGCACGGCACCUGGCUCUACGGCCGCGGGGGCUGGUGCGACGGACUGCAGGUGGACCCCUGGAGGCUCGACGUCACCACGCAGUUGGAUGUUAGCGGGCAGGCGUCCAACACGGUCCGAUACUUGGGCCUGUUCAACGGGAAAGACCCGGACCCGACUCAACAGCCGGGUUACAUUGUCAUGUCUUCUUUCCUCGUCUUCUACAAAUGAGCACCGCAAACGUCCUCUCUGGACUCCUUAAAAAGUUUUAAAUUCAUCCUCGAGCCAUACUUUUAGAUUUAUUUUUAAAAUUUUAAAGUAUAGAAAUAACUGAGCAGAACUCGUAUCCAAAGUGACUUUUAAUUUGUAUUUACUCAAUAUAAUUUUUUAAAUAUAUUUGUAAAUAAAUAUUUUAAAUAUGAUGAAUGGAUUUUUCCAUUCCAGUGCCUUAUAUUUGUAUACAGUCAAUUAUAAAUUUAAAAUAAUUUUUCUUGUCCACAGUGUUUGCUGCCAUUGUAACUUUAUCAUUAAUAUUUUUUUCGGCCAUCAUGAGUUUAAUGUAGUUAAGUUUUAAUUAAAAUUGAAAAAAUUUAUUGCUUCUUAAUGAAACAUCCACAGCAUAACGUGAAACAUCACAUAUUUUUUCAAUUAAAAAGUAUAAAAAUAAUUGAGCAGAAGUCCUAUCCAAAGUGACUUUUAAUUUGUCUUUACUGUAUAUAAUUUUUAAAAUAUGUUUUUGUAAAUAAAUAUUUUAAAUUUGAUUCACGGAUUUUCCAU